CUUUGUUUUGAAGAAAAUAAAAACAGGUUAAAAAAAAUCUUUAUUUUUAACACAAGUUUCAAAAAAAAUAGGUGGAGAGAAUAUGUUAUUUUUCAAAGUGUGAUAAGGAUUCAGCAGACCAAACUCAAAGUCAGUUGAUUCAGGUCUAGAGAUUUAGUUUGGAUCCUGCUAUUGAUAGUACAACCUGAUACAAUUCAUGUUAAAUAGUAGAUUGUGGACUGAACCAGUCAUGUUGCACAAAAAGUUCACUAAUAGGUGACUAAAUUAGCAGAUAAAGCCUAUUCAGAUCUGUAUUUGUAUUAGAAAAUACAUUUAUUUCAUGAUAUGACUUUAAAUUACAUUUUACCUGUUCUUCAGAUUGUGUUGAUUCUAUUUUCAGUAGCAGAAGUGGACUGUCUAGGAUCCAAAAGCUACAUGAAGUUCUUAGCCAUAACAUAUGGUCCACAGAGGUAACCAGAAUCAAAGGAAAGAAGCUCAGGUACUUCUAGCAACCCUGUUGAAAGCUAGUGGUUUACCUCAAUAAGCAGCCAACUACCUACACCACAGGGUUGGUUAGAAGAUUUAUAUGUUCACUCUGAACAUACCAUUGGAGGAGUAGAGGUAAUGAUUAUGUAUGAUAGAUGUAAGAUUGAAGAGCCACUUUGGUGUAGUGAUGAAGGCACCAAGCUAGGGGAGAUGGUGAUUUCCAAUCCUGCUUUAGGCAUGAUGCCAGCUGGUGAUUUUGGGCCAAUUACUUUUAUCUCAGCUCUGAGGCCUAAAUCUGAAAAUAUUUUCAGAAAAAACUACAGGUACUAGUUUGCCACACAUAGAAUGAGUGAGUAAGUGAGUGAGCACGCAUGAAAGAACCAGUGGUAGGUUCUGGGCGGUACGGCCCGGUACAGCUGUACCGGUAGUAGCCAGGAGCAGCAGCUACCAUACCAGUACAGUGGCUCGUUUGGCUCACCUGGCCGCCCAUGUUUAUAAAGCAACUGGCCAAUUUUGCGCACAUGCACAGCGUGCAGCCCCUGCGUGGCCACCGCCGAACAGCUGCGUAUCAGGGCGGUGGUGUGCACAUGUGUGCACAGCGCAUGUACCCAACUAGGACACCCAUCCUUGUGCAUAGCGUACCAGUUGCGACGGGAUCCAGAACCGACCACUGGAGAUAAUGCAAAGUAAGAAUAGCUUUGAGUGUAUACAUUUCUGAGUCCCGUAAACUUAAAAAUCAUAAUAUGAGCCCCUUGAGGGUCAAAAGUUCCUGUUUUACAGAUUUUUUUUUUAAAUAGGUGACUUGGACAUAUUUGAAAAUCGUGUGAAUCAAAGCCAAGAAUAAAGUUUCCUGUUUCAAUGCAGAAGAUUGGCUUUCUUUUUCUUGAAGACAAUAUUGUAUGUCCAGUAUGCCUUGAGGUAUUCAAAGACCCAGUCACCACAGCCUGUGGGCACAACUUCUGUAUGAGUUGCUUGCAGGUUUAUUGGGAACACCUAGCUCUGAUUGGGGAACAACCUUACUGCCCUCAGUGCCGGGAACCUUUCAGUUCAACACCUCAGCUCCGCAAAAAUAUAACCCUGGGAGAAAUUGCAAUGAGAUUUGCACAGGAGGAAACUCAAGAUCCACAGAACCUGUCUGGUUUCAAGAAUGUCCCGUGCGAUUUUUGUUUCUCGCAAAAGUUAAAAGCAGUCAAGUCUUGCUUGCAAUGUAUAGCUUCCCUGUGUGAUAAUCACAUCCAGUCUCACUACACAGACAAGAUUUUCAAGAACCACCAGUUGGUGGAACCUUUGAGUGACUUGAAAGGCAGCAUGUGUGCCAAACAUCGUAAGCUGCUAGAGCUAUUCUGCAAAGAGGAAGGGAAAUUUAUUUGCCAAAUCUGUGUCCGGGAAGAGCAUAAGAACCAUGAAGCCAUUUCUCUGAAGCAAGAAAGAAGAAAGAAAGAAGUGGAGAUCCAGAGACUACAUGCCAGUGUGGAAAACCAGGUCCUGAUAUUGGUAGAAGACCAUCAGAAACAUAGAGCAAGAGUGAAUUACCUUAUGGACUUCCCAAAAAUAAAGGCCAUAUCUGAUUGCUCAGGAGCUUUGAUUGGACUGAAAUGUGAGGAACUCAGCAGUUUUGUGGGGAUUAAACAGACAUUGAGUGAUUUGAAAUCCCAAAUUUCAAUGAUUGGACUCUGCUUCAUCAAUAAAAUCCUCCAGAAGGGAAUCACAAUGGUGCCAUAUGAACUGUUACCCACACCUGCAGACCGGAAGACUCUCUUAAAGUACUAUUGUGUCCUGAAUUUUGAUGCCACCACUGCCAACGAAGAGCUCUUCCUCUUUAAAGAGACUCACUCCGUGCUGAACAUGGGGAUUUUGUUGGAAACCUAUUCAAAACCCAUCCCUGGAUUUAACCAUUGGCCCCAGCUGCUUGGUACCCGCAGCCUUUGUGAGGGCUGCCAUUAUUGGGAGGCUGAGAUUUCAAACGGCUGGCUGUGCCUGGGUGUUGCCUACAGCUACCGGCAUAAGACCGAAAAAUCGUGCAUGUUGUAUCUGAUUGGCAGGAAUAAUUAUUCAUGGUGCUUGGAGUGGGACUCAGUGAAUUUCUCUGUCUGGCAUAAUAAUAUCCAGACUGUGCUGCGUGGUGACUACUACAAGACCAUUGGGGUUUUCCUGGACUAUGCUGCAGGCUCCCUGACCUUCUACGGCAUCACCAGUUCCAUAAACAUCAUUUACCGUUUCUUAACCACAUUCACUGAACCACUGUACCCAGCUGCCAUGGUAAGCAGUGGGACUUCUAUUACUUUGAAACAACACCCUGAAUAGAAGAGGAGGGGAGGGAAUCCCAUCUUAAAAGCCAAGAGAGCUUUCACAGUUGCUGAUAAAAUUAACUUUAUCCCAUGAGUGCUGCAGCAAAUUACUUUAAUCUGACCAGUUUAUACAGGUUGGCUUCCAUGUAAAACAUUGCGUUAGCUGCACAGAACAUGUAAAAUCUUAGCUCUUUUUCUUUCCUUUCACCUUUAAGUCAGACUUGAUUCCUGAUGAUUAUAUAUACAAAUCCAGGGAGUUUUUUAAGUAGCAUUUUUGGAAGUAGUUUAGCAUUACUUUUUCCAUAGAGUUGGGUAGGCCUCAAUUUAUGAUCACAAUUGGGACUGGCAUUUCAGUCCCUAAGAGAAGCAUUAAACAAGUUAUGAUAUGCCUGGGCCUGAUUUUACCAUCAUUUUUAUCACAGUUGUUAAGCAAAUCAGCAUGGUCAUUAAAUGGACCACAUGGUUGUUGAGUGAAUUGUGGGGUGGUUAAGAAAAUCCAGCUUCCCCAAUUGAUUUACUUGUUGGAAGCUGUCUGAGAAGACCAAAAAUUAUGAUCGCGUGUCGCACCAGUCACUGCAACUUUUGUAAAUGCGAGUCAGUUGUCAAGCAUCCAAAUUGCGAUCGCAGAGGUAACUUCAAGGAUGGGUUGUAAGUCAUUUUUUUCUGAGGCCAAGUAACUUUAGACCAUUGUUAAAUGGUCAUAAGUCGAGGACUACUUGUAGCCAAAGUCAUCCAGCUGACUUUUGUACCCAAAGUAGAAUUCAGGUUUUCCUAGUCUUAAUCCACCAGAUUUUGGAGGCUUCCCCAAGUUUAUGAGGAACCAAACUCCUAAAGCGAAUCGCUAGCUCUGUGAUGACGAACCUAUGGCAUGCGUGAGCCAUAUCUUCCCACACGUGAGCGGUCAGCUCAAGCAUGCAUGCGCAUGCUGACCAGAUGAUUUUUGGUCUCUGGAGCCUGGGGAGGGUGAAAAACAGGCCCAAACAGCGUACUGGAAGUUCCCAGAAGGAAAUACUCAACAUGGAAGUGACCAGUGGGCCUGUGAGGGGGAAGAGCGAGUGGGAGGGUUGUGCAUGCACAUGUGGAGGUAUGCUUUGCAUUAUGGGUGCCGACAUGCGCACAUGCUAUUGUGCACUCUCCCUCGUAUUUUUGGCACCCAACAACAAAAAGGCAAGCCAUCACUGGGCUAGCUAGUCUGAAAAUCCUUAUCAGAACAACAGCUAGUCAUAUAUUAUUUGUAGAGACAGGAUUUGGUUAUGUAAUUAAUGCGCUUCCCUGAGUAACUGGAUGACCUUUACAAUCAUUAGACUCUCUUGAUGGGCUAUUUCAAGUUAAAAUUUAAAACUCUGUUAUUGUUAAAGAUUCUCUGCUGGCAAUGACUUGUCCAUAAUUUGUCUUGUUUGAUCACCCUGGUAACCGCAUAGAAACUCCCUUCUGCAACACUAACUCCCUAACUUGCAUGUGGCCUGCACCAGUGUUCCCAGUUCCCCCAGUCUCCAAUGCAAAUUGUACAGGGUCUGCAUUGGCUCUUCUGCAGCCUCCCUUUCCUCCUCCCCCCCGCCCCCCGGGCAGGGAACAUCCCCAUACUCCUUCCCUGGGACUCCAGCCCUCUUCCUACUUAAAGAUCUGCCAAUUUUGAGGUUAGCAUGGCUACCGGAUUGCCUGAGAUUGCUAAUUGAUGACCUCAUACUUUAUAUGACUGUUAUCACUUAGCAACAGCAAUCCCAUCCUAAUUGUUGUCAUAACACAAGUUACUUGUAAUACUCACACAAAUGGUUUGUUUUUGAUCCAGUAGCAUAUUUGGUAAAAUCCGUCUUGAGACACACGAACACUUUUUUAAAAAAGACUUUACAAUGUUUAUGGUCUCUAUGGUCUACAGGUAAAACUCGAAAAAUUAGAAUACCGUGCAAAAGUCCAUUUAUUUCAGUAAUGCAAC